AUGGCAACCUUGGAUAACGCGAAUCCAACUAUCCUGAGUGCGUCUCAGCUGCCUACCCGGCAGAAGAAGGCUGAGCCGCGUCGGGGUCCGGAUUCCAAAUACGACGAUAUCAUCUUCGCGAAGCCAUCGUAUCUUUCAGGGCCUUUCGGUCAAGGUCCGGCCAUAUGGCCCCGAAUGAACGACUGGCAGGAUGAGUUCUCAUCCGAAGCUAUUGACGAACAAGAAAUUUAUGAUCUGAUCUCAACAAUCUCGGAUCCAGAGCACCCGGUAUCACUCGGCCAAUUGUCAGUGAUUAACCUCUCUGAUAUUCACAUUACUCCAUCUCCUUCUAUGGGUGUUCCUGACCCUAAUACCAUCGUCCAGGUGGUUGUGGAGAUCACGCCUACCAUCACCCACUGCUCGCUAGCCACCGUUAUCGGGCUGGGAGUUCGAGUGAGACUGGAGCAGGCACUGCCGCCCAACUACCGUGUGGAUGUCACCUGCAAAGAGAACAGCCACAACCAAGAUGAUCAAGUCAACAAACAAUUAGGCGAUAAGGAACGAGUUGCUGCAGCUUUAGAGAACGACACUCUGAAAGGAGUACUGGACAAGAUGUUGGAAACUUGCGCUUAG